AUGCAAGACAGUGAUAGCCACUCCUUCUCUCUGAUCUCCGAGCCAGGGAUCGAGACGAUAUGCACACCGACGGAGCAAGAUACCGACGAGUAUGACUUCGUUUUUGAAGACGGCAGAUCUGUGUGCUUACAACAAGAGGAUGAUUCGAGUUGUUGCACUUCGUUGGCGCCCAGCAUGUUGGAUUAUGAACAUUCCCAUGGGAGACGUUACCACGCUUAUCUGAGUGGGAGAUAUCCAUUACCGAAUGACAAAGGCGAGCAGUAUCGCGAGCUAAACGACCAUCUUUUGAUGCAACAACUUUUCGAUGGCGAACUCUUCUUGUCCGAUAUUGGUGAUAGACCGAAAAGGAUAAUCGACAUCGGCACAGGAACCGGAAUUUGGGCCGUGGAUGUGGCCGACUUAUACCCAGACGCGGAGGUAAUUGGCACGGAUCUAUCGCCAACUCAACCCAAAUCGAUGCCGCCAAAUGCAAGCAUGUUUGUUGAAGACUGCGAAGACCCGUAUUGGGCGAAUGGCGACAACUUCGAUCUGGUCCACUUCAGGGGAAUGGCCGGGUUCCUUCUUGACCUGAAUGCUAUGGUAGCUAAUGCUCAUGAACACAUGAGAGACGGCGGUUGGAUCGAGUUCCAAGACUUCGAUUACACAAUUUGUUGUGACGACGGCACCAUGAAGAAGGACGACCCGUUGAGAGUAUUUUUCGAUACCUGCGCCAGAGGAAUGCGAAAGUACGGGUGUACCAACUAUGGCAAGAGUAACGUUCGAAAGGCUUUCAUAUUUGCUGGCUUCACCAAAGUUCACGUGGUAAAUACGAAAGUGCCCAUCUCCCGCUGGGCCAAGGAUGAAGGAUUAAAGGACAUUGGUACACUGAUGGCAGCCAAUCUCAUCGAUCUUAUCGGGGCCAUGGCUGUCAAGCCGUUGAUUGCCUUGGGUAUACCGGCCGAUGAGAGGAAAGAGAUGGUUGCCCAGGCUUGUCAGAGCCUCAAGAACGGGAAAGCUCAUCGAUACAUCAACUGCCGCUUCGUAUUUGCCAAGAAGAUUGGAGGCGAAGCUUGUGAGGUCGACUCUGAUGCAGAGUCUUGUGUAUGA